CAAUACACAGCUCUUUUUGUUUCCUUAAACAGCGUCUGGACUCAAAUAUCGUUUAGCUUGAUUUAUAUGACGAAGGUCCUGAACAUACUAGUGUGAUUUGAUCGGGAGGUUGUGUUCGAUCCACACUGAUUAUGUUGAAAUACCUCAAAUGUGGAAUGAUCACAGAAAUAGAGAUCUCGUUUUAAAACUGGACAAGUUGGUAAUUGAGACACGAAAACAACCCUCCAUAAAGUUGGACCCGUGAUCACCACAGCCCAAAACUAGUUUCCAAAGAGCUAUGCCGAAGUAUUCACCGCAUACAGCAAGUUAAGUGUUCACGUUUCUUUGGCACUCUGAGGAAAAUACUGAACUGUUUUUGGCUGAUAUGUAUUCACUACACGACAUUACAAGCGUUUGUCCAAAAUUGGAGCCGCUGGCUUCUGACGAAUCUUGCUGUCGCGAAGAAGAAAGUUUAAGAUUGAUGAAUCACGCUAAUGGACAGAUGGAAACACUCGUACGUGUUUCUGCUGAGAACAACAACGGUUUAAUGAUGGAAUCGGGCCAGUUGGAUGUAUAUGGAAAGACACCUUGUGUGGAAAUGAGUGUGUACGAGGGAAUAACGACCAACAACACGAUCGCUUACGAAGUGAAAUCGAUGGCAACCGUCGUGAAAACGCUGCCUGCUGAUGCCUACCAUGGGAAUGCUUCGGGCCAAAUGUCUUAUGCAACGGUCAAGAUUCCUUACGAAAUCAAAUCGAUUGGAACUAUCGAGAAACCGAUUCCUUUCGGAAGCAAGCCUAAUGGAAUCGAGAAAUCGCGGCCAGAUGAAGCUUACCAUUCGAAUACUUGUGGGCAAAGAUCUAACGGGGCGAUAAAGAUUCCAUACGAAAUCAAAUCGAUUGGUUCUAUCGAGAAGCCACUUCUGCCAGAGGAUUCGUAUCCCACGAGUGUCUCCGAGGAGAUGCCCCAUGGAAAAAUUUUGAACGUGUACACGGUUCCAGUUUACGAAAACGGUGGCAGUCAUGAAGUUUACUAUUAUCCCAUGGAGAGUGAUACCCAAGAAGGAGGAGCAAUUUCACAGACCUCCCAAGCUGGGACUCCUGUUAGUUAUGUUUACGACAGUGGCUAUGACCCCUGCGAAAGAACCCGGAGCAAACCAGAAGUGACACCUUCACCAGCGGGACUGGCCGCUUACCAGUCGAGUACUUACGGGACAAUUCCGCGUGAUCAAUUGGGUCCUGAUAGAUUGUCACCACCAUACGAUGUGCUUAAUCAAGAAAAGGCACCAGGUCUCCAAAUGAAUACCUUCAGGGGUACCCACAGGGCCUUGACCCCGUAUGAGAUAGGAGCUCAGCCAAGACCCAGUUGUAAUUGUUCUUGUCAUCAUUCCGAUCCAGGUUCCUCUCAUUUUCCCGCCUUUGGUUUGAGAAAUGAACGUCCUUCUGUCAUCAUGGUUCCUGCAACAUGGAAUGGUGAGGUCAUGAGCGAUGCAGCAGGCAAGUUUGAAUCCACCGCCCAUGGAAUCAGACAGGAUCUGCAACAGAAAGAAUACCAUGAAUUGGACGAUUCUGACUCAUCAGAUGAUGGCGAUGAAGAUGGUAAACAUGAAAAGUAUUUCCGCAAGAAUAUCGACGGAACUACGGCGAGAUUUAAGCUGUCCAAAGAAGACUGGAAGAGGAUUCCAAUCAACACAUUCCCCAGCGGUGGCCGAUUAUUGAGUGGCGACUGGACACGAAUCUUCCUUAGCAAAGUCAAAGAAAGCAACCCAUGGUGCAGUUUGCGCUUCAAGAAUAAUCACGUAAGAUCAGAAAACUCUCGCAAAAUCCACUCAGCGGUGUUCUUCAGAGGAGGUGCAGAAUGCAAGCGACCAGAGUGUAACGUGAAGGUGCGAUUUGUGAUCCGAAAAGAAAAAGGAAAACACGUGGAGGUGACAUACGUCGGAAAUGUUUGUCACAACAGUCAGCCAGGUGGUGGUGACGUCAUAACUGACAAGAGAAAGAAGCGUUGUGUUCGCCGGCCAAAGUUUACGUCCAGUCUGGAUGACUGAACUUUACUUUCAUAACGAAACAAUAACUGUUAAAAAAGAGUGAGUAAUACUACUGACUGCUUAAGAGGCUGGUAUGCUGCGUCCGCAGGCAUGCAAAACGUUCCAGUGAUUGACUAUUAGAAGGUUGCAACUAGUCCGCUCGAAUCGUAAUCUUUUCAAAAUCCGCUGAAGCGUUAUAUCUAUUUUUCUCACCUCCUAAUCUACAAAAAUUACAUGCUGCCUAUUAAGGUGCUGGUUGUAAGAAUUUCUUCCCAUCCAGCGCCAGUUUGUCCAAAGUUCAAACUGAAAAUUAAAAGUAAGAAAAAAGGAAAUCCUAAGUGAUGAAGCUUUUUUUUUCAAAAGACUAGUUACAAAAAGGCACUACUGUGUACUAGGAAAAACUAAACAAAUCUGUAAUCAAAGAACUAUUUAUUUCCAAAAUUUAAUAUUUUUCUAAACUGACUUUUUACAUUUUGAUUACUUGGUUGAACGUAGGUUUAAUUGAUUGACAUCAGAUGUCCGUUAUUUUAUAGAUAUGACAGAUAUAUUUUAUACCUUUGGCCGGUGGAAUAGUUUUAAAACUUUAGGGUGACGUUUGUAUGAAUUUCUUGCAAAGUUUUGGAGGUGAACCCAGUAUGUGAUAGCUGCAUAGAGAAUUAUCGUAAAUCAUAAAAUUUAUAUUUCAUAUUGGUUUGAAAGAGUGAAUCAUAAACAAGAAAAACACAUUUUAUGCUUAUCAGGGGCGUGGCCAAUCUAUACUCCUAUAGGCCUGGGCCCACGAUUUUUUCCGCCCGGUGGACUUUUAUAAUAUUGUCAUGAAUUACCAAAAUUCGAAGUGUUUGGGAACUACUAAAACUAGGAGUGUUCUGGCUAAAUGUUUGAGAAUUGUUUAGGCCUGUUGGAUUAUCUUGAAAUCUUUAUGCGAGUCUCACAUUACUCAAAGGGUCUUUUACCCUUUGAGUGAUGCGUCUUGGACCCUUAUAGUUGGGCUUAACUCUCGUACGAUGAUUGUCAUCGCUGGUCGUGUUUGAGUUUGUCCUUGACCUUGCUUAAAGUACUCAACGGGAGGUUUUGUUUAGGUUUUAGUUCUCGAAGAUUGGUUGUGUUUCAAGUACUGUGUUGUUCAUUUCGAAUGUCUCGUGAGAUUGUUUUGGUGAACAUUCUAAAAACAUGUGUUCUCUGCCAAGGUCAGUUGUUCCGUAAGCCUAGUAGUAUGACUUUUGCAAAUUUUAAAACGAAAAUUGUACUUUCUUAGGGUACAGGCCUAUAAAACGUUGAACUGAAAGCUGGCUACGCCCCUGCCAACGUUAGUCAAGUUUAGAUUGCUUCGAAGUGAUGAAAGUAUUACUCGUGUGAUGGGCAUCGGUUAAGAGGAUUGCAAUGUCGAUAUAUUGAUUGGUGUAUGCUAGUAUCUUGUGGCGAAUUCAUUUACAUGGUAAAGUGAUGUCCUCGAUUUCUAGCCAUGUUUAAGUUAUUACAAAAUUAAUCUUCCUAAGCAGUGUUUUAGCAAUUGCUGAAUUACAUGGAUGCACGCAAAUGCAUUUAGCUUCUUUGGCUUGAGUUUAAUUUUACCAAUUUGCCUUUAAAUAACCUGGGGUAGCAUAGUUGGCAAAGUAGUUAUAAACUUCUGGAAGAUAAUUAAUUCACUAUUUGUAUGGCUCUGUGCACGCAACUGCGUUUAAGAUGAGAAAUUUGUAUGCAUUGUGUUAGAUUAGAAGAUAUGUUUUUGAUGACUGACCUUAGAUAACAUCGUUGGUGAGGUCGUUAAAACCAUUUUCAGAAUAUUAUUUUUCCAUUUUUAUUGCUAUAAACACCAAUUGCAUUUUAUAGUAACAAUUUUUUUGAAAAUGUGUCUAUUGGUUCCUUACAUUUGUAAAAAAACAAAUCAAAAAAUAACCAAAUGUUCACAGCAUUAUUUGCACUGAUUAUGCUAAGUUAAGUAGAGAAUAAAGCGAGAAUGAUUUUA